AUGUCAUCUUCUUCUUGGAUGCAUCAUCGCAGGUCGAUCCCGGGAUCGAGAAUAUUCUAUAGAGGAGAGAAAGAAGAGUCCGAGAACCUGGGAUUUCAAUGCUCUUCCAAUUGUCCUCACUUUGAGGAAUUAACAACGUUGGAAGAUGUCCCAAGUUUUGGAGCCGAAUAUAAAGAACAAGUCAAGUAUUACUUAUUUCAAGAUUUGGAUAAGACUGAAUAUUUGAAAAUAAUCAACAAUGUAAAAUUUCUAUCUUGUGGGAGAUCUCAUACCUUUCUUAUUACUAACAAUAAUGAAUGCUUUGUGUGCGGAUAUAACGCUUAUAUGCAGUGUGGAUUCAUUCCUUCUCAUAGCAAGUUAACUUCUAUCGUGAAUGGUAGUCAUGAACUUACGGUUCCCUAUCUUUCCAAAGUUAAUCUACAUGAUGCAUUGAAUCCACUGAUUGAGAAAGGAGAAAUUGAAGCAAAUUAUGAAAUCACUCAUGCAUGUUGUGGUUGGGUUCAUUCGGUCGUUAUUGUGGAUUCCAAAAUCAUCAUUGGUGCAGGACAUAACUUUUUUCAUCAGUUGGGACAUCCACGGGGUGGAUCUUUUGAUCACUUUGAAAUUAUUCCUUUUGAUCCAGAAAUUGAAACUCCUAAUUAUGUCAUUACACAUGUUGAUGGUGGAACGUUUUUCACAGUCAUCUGCCUCAAUUCCAGAGUGUUAUAUGGAGCAGGUUCUUCAUCCACUUGCAAUUUUGGUUCUCAGGACAAGUAUACAUCUUUAGAGUUUAACAAAGUUCAUGAGUUUGAUUGUGAUGUUGCCAAAAUUCAAUGUGGCUACGACCACACAAUGGUUCUCUUAAAGGACAAUAGAAUAUUUGCAGUUGGAAAGUUGCCAGGUGCUAGCUCACAGUUGAAUGAAUACACACUCAUCACGUCUGUACCGCACUCUCCCUUCGAUAGAGUCGAUAUUGCGGUAUCCAAAUUCAACUAUCCCAGUUAUAUUUUGGUGAAUGAUAUCCUGUAUACUCUGAGAGACACUCAAGCAGAAGUAAUGGUACAACAAAAAAGUCUAAUCGGAGCAAGUUUACAUACAACGAAUACACACAUGUUUGUAAUCAAUAGAGAUAGAACCUCAAUUGUUUACUCGACACUCGAUACUUUGGGACAUUUUUCAGCUCCGCAAGGAUUUUAUUUUUCAGAGAUUAGUGGAGGCUACACGGCAUGCUAUGCUGUUGUGAAACCUAAGAUUGCGAUAGGAUAUUUCAUUCGAUUGAAAAAUGCCUAUCUUCAUGCAAGGGUUUCAGAUAUCAUGAUUGUAUGUCAUUGA